AUGGUCGGUCUCAGAUCUGGUGCAACUACCAACCCCAAUCCUAAAGGUUCGAAACCCAAUACCAAUGUUGAAAUUUCCGAUGGUACAACUAAUACCACUCCCCUUGCACGUUCCAAUGGUUCUGCUGAUGUCACUCCUCCUAGCAUCACACCUAGUGUCACGGUGACCACUCCUGUCAGUACUCCCACUACUCCAGUAGUCACUCCUGUUACCAGGGGCACUGGUACUGGUAGUACCAAUAAUCCUCCGGUCAACACUCCUGCUACUAGGAGCCCUGGUACUAGUAGUGUCAAUAACCCUCUAGUCAUCACUCAUGUCAACAUCAAAAGCACUGACGCUGCCAACAAUCCACUCUUCGGUCGAAAUCCCGAAGAAGUCAGGAACAACCUCUUGCCAUAG